AUGGAAAAAAUACCUGAUACGAAAACAGAAGAAAUUGAUUUAGAAAAAUAUACUCAUUCUGGUUCAAUAGCCAAUACAGCAUUAAAGAAAAUUAUAGAGAAAUGUGUAGAUGGUGCUAAAAUAUGUGAAUUAUGUGAUUAUGGUGAAAAAAUUAUAAAAGAGGAAUUAGAUAAAGUUUAUACUAAAAAAGAAAAAGGAAAUAAAGUUGAAAAAGGGAUAAGUUUUCCUGUAACAAUUAAUGUUAAUGAGAUAUGUAAUAAUUAUUCUCCAACUGAUAGUGAUGAAAAAAUACAAAAUGGAGAUGUUGUAAAAAUUUGUUUAGGUUGUCAUAUAGAUGGUCAUAUUAGUAUAGUUGGACAUACUAUUUAUGUUGGUAAUGAAAAUGAAAUAAUAGAAGGUCCAAAAGCAGAAGUUUUAAAAAAUUCUCACACCUUAUCACAGUUAUUUUUAAAGAGUUUAAAAGUGGGUGUGAAUGCUAGUGAAAUAACAAAAAAUAUUCAAAAAGCUUGUGAAGAAUUAAAUUGUAAUGUUAUUUCUAAUUGUGUCUCAUAUCAAAUUAAAAAAUAUAUCAUGGAAGGAAGUAAAUAUAUUUUAUUAAAAGAUAAUGUGGAUAAUAAAAUAGAAGAUUUUCAAAUAGAACCUGAUGAUAUCUAUAUAAUUGAUGUUAUGGUUACAACUGGUGAUGGAAAAAUAAAAGAAAGUGAUUACAAAACUACUAUUUAUAAAAGAGAAGUGCAAAAAAAUUAUCAUUUAAAGACAAAUUUGGGAAGAUCAUUUUUAAAUGAAAUUAAUAAAAAAUUUCCUGUAUUACCAUUUCAUGUAAAAUAUCUUGAGGAUCAACGUGCAGCAUUAAUUGGUAUUCCAGAAGCUUUAAGACAUACUUUAAUUAAGCCAUACAAUGUUUUUUCAGAAAAAAAAAAAGAAUAUGUUGCACAAUUUAAAUAUACUGUUAUGGUUAAAGAAGAUGGAAUUAGGCAACUUACAGGUAUAAAAUGUUCUCAAUUAAAUAAUUGUAAAACAUCGAACAAAAUUCAAGAUGAAUUAUUAAAGAAUAUUUUAAGUUCCCCAUUGACUGCAAAAAAGAAGAAAGCCAAAGGAGAAACUAAUGAAGAAAAAAGUAAAGAUAAUUAA